ACCUGGGGUCAUCACCCCACCGCCACUUCCAAGCAGAAGAAUCGUGGGGGGGUUGCUGCUAGUCUCCUGGAGAGGGGAGGCUUGGGGGCUCCUGGGUCUCUCCUGGGCUGCCCAGGCCAUAUAAGGACAAGGCCAGAGCCCGUCCUGGGAAUCUUCCCAAAUAAGGUCAUGUCUCGGGUCAGAUUCCCCAACUCCAGUCUCUGAGCCCCACACAGCAUCCACGGAGCACACCUGUCCGGGUUCGGGGCACCCCGGGAUGUGGGUAUGCUCCAGUGGCCUUAGAGGGGUGUGGAUUCCCCUAAUGUGGACCCCUUCUCCCGCAGCACCCCUCCAAACCUUGCGUCCCCUCCCCCCCACCACAGAGUUCUCUUAUCUCCUUUCAGAUGCUAAAAGAAUUCGCUGGGGCCUGCCAGUGAAUUCCUUCCUUAUCUGGGGGGAGUCAGGCCCACUGGGGCUCUCUGCUUCCCAGGCCCCUCCUGGUGGCCCGAGCACCGUGGAGGGGGUGCGAAGCCACCAUGCAGGGACCCCCGCAUUAGGGGGAGCCCUGGGCUCCCCCAAUCUCCCAGGACAGUGGGAGGUGGGAAGGGGAGGACACAUGGGGAAGGGAGGGUAGCCACAGGGGGGGGGCGCGAGACCACUGAGAUGAGAGGGCUGGAGUAGGGGUGCCAGGGUUGGGGGUGCCAGGGACCAGGGCUGGGCCGGGCAGCGCUGGCAGCCCCGGAAGAACAGAGUGCGGGAUGAGAACAGUGAAAAUGGACAGUGGCUGGUAAGGAAUAGGGGGUGGGGGCAGGGCAGAGUGCCCCACAGGACCCUGUUUCCAUGACAACCUGGGGGGCCCUGCAGAACAACUUUCCUGAGGUGAGGCUGGGAGUGCAGGGGAGCGGCGGCAGCCCAGGCAGAGUCCCCCUGCCCUAAACCCUUAGACCCACUCCCCAGGGCUCCCCAGUCCUGGCGAGAAGGGGGCGGGCACAGGAGUCCACAGGGUCCAAUGUCCAAAGGUCAGGCAGGCCCAUGGUGAGGAGGGCUCCAGGCUCAGGCAUGGCCCCUGACAGCGGCCCGCGGAGAGUGGGGGUGCUGGGCUUCGGCCGCCUCGGACAGUCCCUCGUCUCCCACUUGCUGAGUCAGGGUCAGGACCUGGGCUUGGAGCUCGUCUUUGUGUGGAACCGGAACCCAGAACACAUGGCAGGGCAUGUGCCGCCGUCCCUGCAGCUCAAGAACCUGGCUGCCCUGGGGGAGAGGCACCCGGAUCUCGUAGUGGAAGUUGCUCAUCCCAAAAUAGUGCAGGAAUUUGGGCCCAGGAUCCUGGAGCACGCCAACCUGCUGGUGGGGUCCCCCUCCGCUCUGGCUGAUGCCAACACGGAGAAGCAACUCCUGGAGGCCUCGCGCCGCUGGGACCACUCCGUGUUUGUGGCCCGAGGGGCUCUGUGGGGGACCGAGGACAUCGCCCGGCUGGACGCGGCCGGGGGCCUCCAGAGCCUCCGCGUCACCAUGGCCACGCACCCCGACGGCUUCCGGCUCGAGGGGCCCCUGGCCGCGGCGCGCUGCUCGGAGCCGCGCACGGUGCUCUACGAGGGCCCGGUCCGCGGCCUCUGCCCCUUCGCACCCCGCAACUCCAACACCAUGGCGGCCGCCGCGCUGGCCGCGCCCAGCCUGGGCUUCGACGGCGUCGUCGGGGUGCUGGUGGCCGACCUCAGCCUCACCGACAUGCACGUGGUGGACGUGGAGCUGCGCGGACCCCCGGGCCCCUCGGGCCGAAGCUUCGCCGUGCGCACGCGCAGAGAGAACCCCGCACAGCCGGGCGCCGUCACCGGCUCGGCCACCGUCACGGCCUUCUGGCGCAGCCUUCUGGGUGCGGCGCGGACCCGCCGUGGCGGGGGGGGGGGGCACCGUCUACUCCCUGCCCCUUCCUCUCGAUCGCUCGGAUCGCCACUUGGCACCUGGUCUCCGGACCCGCCCCCCCCUCUCGCUCGGGUCCCUCCACGCAUCACUUCUCGGUCUUUCAGUCUCGCUUUUCUUUUUGUCGUCACACCUGGCGGUGCGCGGGGCUUGGGGGACCACCUGGGGUGCCGGGGAUGGCUCCCACGUCGGCCACGUGCGAGGCCGACGCCCUCCCGCGGUCCCUGCUCUUCACUCUCCGUCUACCCGCAGGUUGCUGCCAGCUUCCCGCCAGGCCCGGGAUCCACCUCUGCUGAGGACGCUGCGCCUCUCCACCACCCCUCACCCCGUCCCGCUGCGGCCUGGGUCUCAGUUUCCCCGGAUAACCCCAAAAAAGAUAAGCGGCUGUUGGGGCCGGAGCGAUAGCACAGCGGGUGGGGCGUUUGCCUUGCACGCGGCCGACCCGGGUUCGAUCCCCGGCAUCCCAUAUGGUCCCCCAAGCACCGCCAGGAGUAAUUCCUGAGUGCAAAGCCAGGAGUAACCCCUGGCAUC